AUGCCGAGCGCCGAGGAGCUUCCCGCUCUGGCUGAGGGGAACGCGGACUGGGAGCCCGGCGCCGACCCGCGGCUGCGACUCCUGGGGGCCUACGUGGCCCGGAGCCUGCGGCCGGCUGCGGGCGCAUGGGAGCGCUGCGCGGGCUCGGCCGAGGCGAGGCAACUGCUGCACGCCUUCCUGGGCCGCGGGGCCGCGGAGGGACCGCGGCCGCUGCUGGUGGUGCGGCCCGGGCCCGCGGGCCUGGCGGUGCGCGCGGGGCUGGACGCGGGACCCGAGGCCGGCGCGCCUCGUGCUAAGGGGCUUUUUUGCCUGCGCACCAGGCCCGAGCCGCCGGGGCCCGACAGCCUCCGCGGAGCAGUGCUGUGCGGGGACCUGCCCGCCAAGCCGCUGGAGCAUCUGGUCGCGCUCUUCUCCGAGGUUGUCAUCCCCAUCCUAGCCAAUGAGAAGAAUCACCUAGACUGGCCCCACGUGGUUUGCCAAGAUGUCCAGCAACACGCCCACAGCCUCCAAUGUGACCUCUUGGUUCUCCUUGCGCAAGCGAAGGGGAAAACUUUGCUGCCUCUUCCAGUCGGCUCAGAAAAAAUGGGGUUUGUGGAUUCUGAAAGUGAGACCGCCUUGGAUUCUAUGGAUAAGUCAGUCAUGUAUGCCAUUGAGUCUGCAGUGAUCCAGUGGAGCCAUCAAGUCCAGGUGGUUCUCAAGAGGGAGUCUUCCCAGCCUCUCCUACAGGGGGAGAAUCCCACCCCACAGGUGGAGUUGGAGUUCUGGAAGAGCAGGUCUGAGGAUCUGGAAUACAUUUAUAAUCAACUGAGAACGAUAAAGGUGAGGGGCAUGGCGGGGCUUCUGGACAAGCUUCAGAGCAGCUACUUCCCAGCUUUCCAAGCCAUGUUCAGAGAUGUUGUAGCAGCUCUGAUGGAAGCGCGGGACAUCCACACGCACCUGGUGCCGCUGCACCGCCACCUGGAAACACUCGAGAGCCUGGAGUUUCCUGAGGUGAAGCCACGGCUGUGGCCUCUGCUGCACGUGGUCUGCCUGAUCUGGGCCACGUGUGAGCCAUACCGCUGCCCUGGGCGCCUGAUGGUGCUGCCGCAGGAGAUCUGCAACCUUCUGGUCCAGCAGGCCUCUAAUUAUCUCAGCCCAGAAGACCUCCUGAGAAGUGAGGUGGAAGAAAGUCAGAGAAAACUGCAAGUGGUCGUGGACACCUUGAGCUUCUUCAAGCUGGUGUUUCAGGACAGAAGGGAGAAUCUCCAUUCUUACUUCAAAGAGAACCAGGAAGUCCGGGAGUGGGAUUUCCAGUCCUCUGUGGUCUUCGUGCGAUUGGAUGGCUUCCUGGGGCGACUGGGCAUGGUGCAGGAUCUUCUGAAGACAACUUUGGAUUUCCACAAAUUGGGAAAGCUUGAGUUUAGUGGCAUCAGAGGGAGUGCUCUGAGCCAGCAGGCCCAGCGGAUGUACAACGAGUUUCAAGAGAUGUACAGGGUCUUCUCAGAGUCUUCCUAUGACUGCUUGGACCCUCAAAGCAUGGAAUUUGAAAAUGUUGUCUCUGAGUUUAAUCAGAGAGUAGAAGACCUUGACCGGAGACUGGGGACUGUCUUUAUCCAGGCCUUUGAUGAUGCCCCUGGUUUGGAGCACGCCUUCAAGCUGUUAGACAUAGCAGGAAACCUCCUGGAGAGACCACUGGUAGCACAGGACACAUCUGAUAAAUACCUGGUGCUCAUCCGCAUGUUCAGCGAGGACCUGGAUGCCGUGAGGAUGAUCUACAGUCAGCAUGUCCAGGAGGAGGUGGAGCACGGCUUCUCCUCCGUGCAUAAGAACAUGCCCGCUGUGGCUGGGAGGCUCCGCUGGGCGCAGGAGCUGAGGCAGCGCAUCCAGGGUCCCUUCGACAACUUCAGACACAUGACACACCCUUGCAUGGAAUCUGCCGAAGGAAAGCGCAUGAUACAAAAAUAUGAAGAAAUGCUCUCAUUGUUGGAAAAGUAUGAGACAAGACUCUACGAGGACUGGUGUCAAACAGUAUCAGAGAAGUCGCAGUACAACCUUUCCCGGCCACUUCUGAAACGUGAUCCAGAGACAAAGCAGAUCACUGUCAACUUUAGCCCACAGCUGAUUUCCGUGCUGAAAGAAAUGAGUUAUCUUCAACCCCAGCAGAUGACGCACAUCCCUGAGACAGCAGCAGCUAUGUUCUCCUCCAGGGAAUUCUAUUGGCAGCUUGUGGCUAAAUUGGAGUUGAUGGCAAAUUGGUACAACAAGGUUAUGAAAACUCUGCUAGGGGUGGAAUUUCCAUUAGUGCAGGAAGAGCUGCAAAAUAUCGAUCUCUGCCUGAGAGCUGCAGAGGAGACUCUGAGCUGGAAAACAGAAGGCAUUUGGGAUUAUGUCAUUCAGAUCACCAAUAGUAUUCAUGAUCUUGAACAAAGAGUUCAGAAAACGAAAGACAACGUGGAAGAGAUUCAAAACAUCAUGAAAACAUGGGCGUUGCCAAUAUUUAAGAGAAAAGAUGGGAAAAAGGAAUGCCUUCUCUCCAUGGAUGAUCAGCGUGAUCGAAUGGAAGAAUAUUACAGUCUUAUCAAAGAAUCUGGCUUUAAGAUUCAUGCCCUUGUGCAGGAAAACCUGGGUCUUUUCUCAGCAGACCCAACCUCCAGUAUUUGGAAGACUUAUGUUAACUACAUUGAUGAUAUGUUGGUGGAUGGAUUCUUUCUUGCCAUUGAGUGCUCCCUCAAGUAUCUCCUGGAAAAUACUGAAUGUAAGGCAGGACUCACCCCAAUAUUUGAAGCACAACUGAGCUUAGCCAUCCCAGAAUUGGUUUUCUGUCCAUCUCUGGAGCCUGGAGUGAAGGGUGGCUUCUACGACAUUGUUGAGGGUCUCAUCACCAGCAUUUUUAGGAUAUCGUCCUUGGUUCCACGGCUUUCCCCUCAAAGCGGCUCUCCCCAUUAUCAGGUUGACUUGGAGGCCAUGCCUGAUCUGGCAGGCAUGCGGGGCGAGCUGAUGGGGCGGGUGCAGGGCAUGAUGACCCUCUGCUGCGGCUAUCGGAGCACCCUCAGCCAGUAUUCCUACCUCUACGUGGAGGACCGGAAGGAGGCUCUGGGCCAGUUUCUGCUAUAUGGGCACAUGCUCACAGCAGAGGAGAUGGAAGCCCAUGCUGAGGAUGGCAUUCCAGAGAACCCGCCCCUGCUCCAUCAGUUCAAAGCGCAGAUCGACUGCUACGAAAAGCUCCAUGAAGACGUGAGCAGGCUGGAGCCCAUCCAGGUGUUUGACAGCUGGAUGAAGAUUGAUGUGCGGCCCUUUAAAACGUCUCUGCUGAAUAUAAUUAAGAAGUGGAGCCUCACGUUCAAACAGCACCUUGUGGAUUACGUCACUCACAGCUUGGCCAACCUUGAAGCAUUUAUAAAAAACAGCGAGAAUGGCUUGCUCAAGAAAGUCGGAAAAGGAGAUUUCCAAGGAUUGGUUGAAAUUAUGGGACACCUUAUGGCUCUUAAAGAACGACAGAGCAGCACUGAUGAGAUGUUUGAGCCUUUAAAGCAGACUAUUGAAUUGCUGAAGACCUAUGGACAAGAAUUGUCGGAAACACUGUUCAGGCAGCUGGAGGAGCUGCCUGAGAAAUGGAACAACAUUAAAAAGAUGGCUGUUACCGUGAGGCAGCAGGUGGCCCCCCUGCAGGCAAAUGAAGCAACCCUCCUCCGCCAGAGGUGCGCGGCCUUCGAGGCAGAGCAGCAGCAGUUCUGGGAGCGAUUCCGCAGAGAAGCCCCCUUCAGGUUUGAUAGCACUGACCCUCAUCAGAUGCUGGAUGCAAGGCACAUGGAGAUCCAGCAGAUGGAAUCCACCAUGGCCUCCAUUUCUGAGUCUGCUAGCUUGUUAGAGGUCACCAUCCCUGACUAUAAGCAACUGAGGCAGUGCAGGAAGGAGGCGUGCCAACUGAAGGAGCUCUGGGACACAAUUGAGAUGGUGGCCUCCAGUGUCCAUGCCUGGGAGACCACCACGUGGAUGGAUAUCAACGUGGAGGCCAUGGACUUGGAGUGCAGAUGGUUUGCCAGGCACAUCCGGAACCUCGACAAGGAGGUCAGGGCCUGGGAUGCCUUCACAGGCCUGGAAAGCACCGUUUUGAACACCCUGACCUCCCUGAGGGCUGUGGCCAAACUGCAGAACCCGGCCAUGCGGGCGCGGCACUGGAGGCAGCUGAUGCAGGCCACGGGCGUGACCUUCACCAUGGAUGAGGGCACCACCCUGGCACACCUCCUACAGCUUCAGCUCCACCACUUUGAGGACGAGGUCCAGGGCAUUGUAGACAGAGCUGUGAAAGAGAUGGGCAUGGAGAAGGUCUUGAAGGAGCUGCAGACCACCUGGGUCUGCAUGGAAUUCCAGUUCGAGCCCCACCCUCAGACCUACGUGCCUCUGCUGCGGUCCGACGAGGACCUCAUCGAGGUUCUGGAGGAUAACCAAGUCCAGCUUAAGAACCUGAUGAUGUCCAGGUACAUAACCUUCUUCCUGGAGGAAGUAUCGGGCUGGCAGAAGAAGCUGUCCACUGCUGACACCGUCAUCUCCCUCUGGUUUGAUGUGCAGCGCACAUGGUCUCAUCUAGAAAGUAUAUUCAUCGGAUCUGAAGAUAUCCGGGCUCAGCUGCCCCAGGAUUCUAAAAGAUUUGAAGGCAUCGAUAUUGACUUUAAAGAGUUAGCUUAUGAUGUUCACAAAACUCCAAACGUAGUGGAAGCCACCAACAAAUCAGGUCUUUAUGAAAAGUUGGAAGAUAUUCAGAGCAGACUGUACCUGUGUGAGAAGGCCCUGGCGGAGUACCUGGACACCAAAAGGCUUGCCUUCCCUAGGUUUUACUUUCUCUCCUCUUCGGACCUGUUAGACAUCCUUUCCAACAGCACAGCCCCACAACAGGUUCAACGACACCUUUCCAAACUCUUUGACAAUAUGGCCAAGAUGCAGUUCCAGGUGGACGCCAGUGAGAAACCUACCAAGAUCAGUCUUGGCAUGUACAGCAAGGAAGAAGAGUAUGUGGCCUUCAGCGAGCCCUGUGACUGCAGUGGGCAGGUAGAAAUAUGGCUGAACCAUGUGCUUGCUCACAUGAAGGCCACUGUGAGGCACGAGAUGACAGAAGGCAUAACUGCCUAUGAAGAGAAGCCGAGGGAGCAGUGGCUCUUUGACUACCCAGCUCAGGUGGCCCUGACCUGCACUCAGAUCUGGUGGACCACAGAGGUGGGCAUGGCAUUUGCCAGGCUGGAGGAAGGCUACGAGAAUGCCAUGAAGGACUAUUACAAGAAACAAGUGGCCCAGCUCAAAACCCUCAUCACCAUGCUGAUCGGCCAGCUCUCCACGGGAGACCGGCAGAAGGUCAUGACCAUAUGCACCAUCGAUGUCCAUGCCCGGGAUGUGGUGGCCAAGAUGAUUGCUCAGAAGGUGGACAAUGCCCAGGCUUUCCUCUGGCUGUCCCAGCUGCGGCAUCGCUGGGAUGACGAGGCCAAACACUGCUUUGCCACCAUCUGUGAUGCUCAGUUUCUAUACUCCUAUGAGUACCUGGGAAAUACACCUCGCCUGGUGAUCACGCCUUUGACAGGCAGGUGCUACAUCACCCUCACCCAGUUUCUGCACCUGACCAUGAGCGGGGCUCCAGCAGGACCUGCAGGUACAGGCAAGACAGAGACCACCAAGGACCUGGGCCGAGCGCUGGGCAUCAUGGUCUACGUGUUUAACUGCUCCGAGCAGAUGGACUACAAGUCUUGCGGCAACAUCUACAAGGGCCUUGCUCAGACCGGUGCCUGGGGCUGUUUUGAUGAGUUUAAUCGAAUCUCCGUGGAGGUCUUGUCAGUGGUGGCUGUGCAGGUAAAAAGCAUUCAAGAUGCAAUUCGAGAUAAGAAGCAGCGGUUCAACUUCCUUGGAGAGGAGAUUAGCCUGAACCCUUCUGUGGGCAUCUUCAUCACCAUGAACCCAGGCUACGCCGGCCGCACGGAGCUGCCAGAAAACCUCAAGACUCUGUUCAGGCCUUGCGCGAUGGUCGUUCCAGACUUUGAGUUGAUCUGUGAAAUCAUGCUUGUGGCAGAAGGAUUCAUUGAAGCACGGUUACUAGCCAGGAAGUUCAUCACCCUUUACAAGUUGUGCAAAGAGCUUCUCUCUAAACAGGAUCACUAUGACUGGGGCCUGAGGGCCAUCAAGUCUGUGCUGGUGGUGGCGGGAUCCCUGAAGCGAGGAGAUCCUGACCGGCCUGAGGACCAGGUCCUGAUGCGCUCCCUGCGAGACUUCAACAUCCCCAAGAUUGUGACAGACGACAUACCCGUGUUCAUGGGCCUGAUUGGGGACCUGUUUCCUGCCCUGAAUGUCCCUCGGAGGAGAGACCUCAACUUCGAAGCUUUGGUUAGGAAGGCUGUGGUGGAGCUGAAGCUGCAGGCUGAGGACAACUUUGUGCUCAAGGUGGUCCAGCUGGAGGAGCUUCUGGCUGUGCGGCACUCCGUGUUUGUGGUGGGCAGCGCGGGAACUGGAAAGUCGCAGGUGCUGAGGUCCUUGCACAAGACCUACCAGAUCAUGAAACGCCGCCCCGUCUGGACUGACCUCAACCCCAAAGCAGUCACCAGUGAUGAACUCUUUGGCAUCAUCACGGCCACACGAGAAUGGAAGGAUGGAUUGUUCUCUUCCGUCAUGCGGGAGCUUUCCAACAUCAGCCAUGAUGGGCCCAAGUGGAUUCUACUUGAUGGUGACAUAGAUCCAAUGUGGAUCGAGUCUCUGAACACUGUCAUGGAUGAUAACAAGGUGCUGACCCUGGCGAGCAACGAGAGGAUCCCUCUGAAUCCCACAAUGAGGCUCCUCUUUGAGAUCAGCCACCUGCGCAUGGCCACACCAGCCACUGUCUCCAGAGCAGGGAUCCUGUACAUCAACCCUGCAGACCUGGGGUGGAACCCUCCUGUGAGCAGCUGGAUCGACAAGAGGGAGACCCAGACGGAGAGAGCCAACCUAACCUUUCUGUUUGACAAGUAUCUUCCAGCCUGCUUAGACACACUCAGAACCAGAUUUAAGAAGAUAAUUCCAAUCCCAGAGCAGAGCAUGGUUCAGAUGCUGUGCCACCUUCUCGAGUGUCUGCUGACCGAUGAGGACAUCCCUGCAGACUGCCCCAAGGAAACCUACGAGCUUUAUUUUGUGUUUGCUGCCAUCUGGGCUUUUGGCGGAGCAAUGGUCCAAGAUCAGCUCGUGGACGACCGGGCAGAGUUCAGCAAAUGGUGGCUGACCGAGUUCAAAACAGUCAAGUUUCCCUCCCAAGGAACCAUCUUUGACUAUUACAUAGACCCAGAGACCAAGAAAUUCGAGCCUUGGUCCAAGCUCAUCCCCCAGUUUGAAUUUGACCCUGAGAUGCCUUUGCAGGCCUGCUUGGUGCACACGAGCGAGACCAUCCGAGUGUGCUACUUCCUGGAGCGGCUCCUGGCUCGGCGGCGGCCAGUCAUGCUGGUAGGGACCGCGGGCACCGGCAAGUCGGUGCUGGUGGGAGCGAGGCUGGCCAGCCUGGACGCCGAGGAAUACCUGGUGAAAAACGUGCCGUUCAACUACUACACCACGUCGGCGAUGCUGCAGGCUGUCCUGGAGAAGCCUCUGGAGAAGAAAGCGGGCAGAAAUUAUGGCCCCACAGGCAACAAGAAGCUUAUCUAUUUCAUAGAUGACAUGAACAUGCCUGAGGUGGACGCCUACGGGACUGCACAGCCCCACACCAUCAUCAGGCAGCACCUGGAUUACGGCCACUGGUAUGAUCGAAACAAACUGUCCCUAAAGGAGGUCAUGAAUGUCCAGUACAUUUCCUGUAUGAACCCCACUGCGGGCAGCUUCACCAUCAACCCACGGCUUCAGCGUCACUUCAGCAUGUUCGCCCUCUCCUUCCCGGGAGCAGACGCCCUGUCCUCCAUCUACUGCACCAUCCUGACUCAGCACCUGAAGCCUGGGGACUUCCCGGCACCACUGCAGAAAUGCAUCCCCCAGCUGAUCCGUCUGGCCCUUACCUUCCACCAGAAGAUCGCCACCACGUUCCUCCCCACAGCAAUCAGAUUCCAUUACAUCUUCAACCUCAGGGACUUGGCCAACAUUUUCCAGGGCAUUCUCUUCUCCUCUGUGGAAUGUGUAAAAUCCACACAGGACCUAGUAAAGCUCUAUCUGCACGAAUCAAAUCGGGUUUAUCGGGAUAAGAUGGUGGAAGAGAAGGAUCUUGAUCUUUUUGAUAAGAUCCAAGCAGAAGUGAUCAAGAAAAUUUUUAAUGAUCUCAAAGAGACAGUGGAACAGACCCAAAACCUGAAUAUGUAUUGCCAUUUUGCAAAUGGUAUCGGGGAGCCCAAGUACAUGCCUGUACAAUCGUGGGAACUUUUGACCCAGACUCUGGUGGAGGCCCUGGAGAACCACAACAAAGUCAACACAGUGAUGGACCUGGUUCUCUUCGAGGACGCAAUGUGCCAUGUCUGCCACAUCAAUCGCAUCUUGGAGUGCCCGCGGGGAAACGCUCUGCUGGUUGGCGUAGGGGGGAGCGGCAAGCAGAGUCUGACAAGGCUCGCGGCUUUCAUCAGCUCCAUGGAUGUAUUCCAGAUCACGCUGCGGAGAGGCUACCAGAUUCCUGACUUCAAGGCGGACCUGGCCAGCUUGUGCCUGAAAGCCGGGGUAAAGAAUCUCAGCACCGUGUUUCUCAUGACAGACGCCCAAGUAGCUGAUGAGAAGUUCCUUGUGCUCAUUAAUGACCUCUUGGCUUCUGGAGAGAUCCCAGAUCUCUACUCUGACGAUGAGGUUGAAAACAUCAUAAGCAAUGUGAGGAACGAAGUCAAGACCCAAGGUCUUGUUGACAACAGAGAGAACUGCUGGAAGUUCUUUAUAGAGCGGGUCCGACGACAACUGAAGAUGACUCUCUGUUUCUCCCCGGUGGGGACCAAGCUGAGGGUCCGCAGCAGGAAGUUCCCCGCCAUCGUGAACUGCACAGCCAUCGACUGGUUCCAUGAGUGGCCGCAGCAAGCCCUGGAGUCCGUCAGCUUCCGCUUCCUGCAGAACACGGAGGACAUUGAGCCCACAGUCAAGACAUCGAUUAGCAAGUUCAUGGCUUUUGUCCACACAAGUGUCAACCACACCUCCCAGUCCUAUCUGAGCAAUGAGCAGCGCUACAACUACACAACCCCCAAAUCAUUCCUGGAGUUCAUCAGACUCUACCAGAGCCUGCUGUGCAGGAACAGAAGGGAGCUCAAGUCCAAGAUGGAGCGGCUGGAGAACGGGCUGCUGAAGCUCCUCAGCACCUCCGCCCAGGUGGAUGAUCUGAAAGCCAAGCUGGCUGCCCAGGAAGUGGAACUGAAACAGAAGAAUGCAGAUGCAGACAAGCUGAUUCAGGUGGUGGGCGUAGAGACAGACAAGGCAAGCAGAGAGAAAGCCAUCGCAGACAAGGAGGCGCAGAAGGUGGCCCUCCUCACGCUAGAGGUGAAGCAGAAGCAGGAGGACUGCGAGGAAGACCUGGCCAAGGCAGAGCCAGCGCUCACGGCGGCCCAGGCAGCCCUCAGCACCCUCAGCAAGACCAACCUGACAGAGCUGAAGUCUUUUGGUUCCCCACCGCCGGCCGUCAGCAACGUCAGCGCUGCCGUGAUGGCUCUCGUGGCCCCCGGGGGCAAGGUGCCCAAGGACCGCAGCUGGAAGGCCGCCAAGGUCACCAUGGCCAAGGUGGAUGGCUUCCUGGACUCCCUCAUCCACUUUGACAAGGAGAACAUUCACGAGAACUGCCUCAAGGCCAUCAAGCCGUAUCUGCAUGACCCCGAGUUCAAUCCCGAGUUCGUGGCCACCAAGUCCUACGCAGCCGCCGGCCUCUGCUCUUGGGUCAUAAACAUUGUGAAGUUCUACGAGGUGUUCUGUGACGUGGAACCCAAGCGCCAAGCACUGAGCAAGGCCACCUCGGACCUCGCUGCCGCCCAGGAGAAGCUGGCGGCUGUUAAAGCCAAGAUCGCUCACCUUAAUGAAAACCUGGCCAAACUCACGGCCAAGUUUGAGAAAGCAACAGCUGACAAACUCAAAUGUCAGCAAGAAGCUGAAGCGACUGCAGGCACCAUCUCCCUUGCAAACCGCCUGGUGGGAGGACUGGCCUCUGAAAACGUGAGGUGGACAGAAGCUGUGCAGAACUUCAAACAACAGGAAAGGAAAUUGUGUGGAGACGUUUUACUUACUGCGGCUUUCAUUUCAUACCUGGGCUUCUUUACAAAGAAAUAUCGGCAGAGCCUCAUGGAUGGGACCUGGAGACCCUACCUGAACCAGCUGCAGGUUCCCAUCCCAGUGACCCCCAACCUAGAUCCCCUGAGGAUGCUGACGGAUGAUGCCGACGUGGCUGCCUGGCAGAAUGAGGGCCUCCCUGCAGACCGCAUGUCCACGGAGAAUGCCACCAUCCUCCUCAGCUGCGAGCGCUGGCCACUCAUGGUGAACCCUCAGCUACAAGGCGUUAAAUGGAUCAAGAACAAGUAUGGCAAGGACCUCCAGGUCACCCAGAUUGGCCAGAAGGGCUACCUUCAAACUGUUGAGCGUGCCCUGGAAGCUGGGGAGGUGGUGCUGAUUGAAAACCUAGAGGAGUCCAUCGAUCCUGUGCUGGGACCCCUGCUUGGGAGAGAAGGCGUUAAGAAAGGACGGUUCAUUAAAAUCGGAGACAAAGAGUGUGAGUACAAUCCCAAGUUCCGGCUCAUCCUUCACACCAAGCUGGCCAAUCCUCACUACCAACCCGAGCUGCAGGCUCAGGCCACCCUGAUCAACUUCACCGUGACCAGGGACGGCCUGGAGGACCAGCUGCUGGCCGCUGUGGUCAGCAUGGAGAGGCCAGACCUGGAGAAGCUGAAGUCAGAUCUCACGAAGCAGCAGAAUGGCUUCAAAAUCACCCUCAAAACACUAGAAGACAACCUGCUUUCUCGCCUUUCCUCGGCCUCUGGGAACUUCCUGGGAGAAACGGCCUUGUUGGAGAACCUUGAGAUCACCAAGCAGACCGCUGCGGAAGUUGAGAUAAAGGUGCAGGAGGCCAAGGUGACGGAGGUGAACAUCAACGAGGCCCGGGAACGCUAUCGGCCGGCAGCUGCCCGGGCCUCUCUGCUCUACUUCAUCAUGAAUGACCUCAGCAGGAUCCACCCGAUGUACCAAUUUUCUCUCAAGGCCUUCAACAUCGUCUUCCAGAAGGCUGUGGAGAAGGCUGCUCCCGAUGAGAGCCUCAAGGAACGGGUGGCCAAUCUAAUAGACAGCAUCACCUUCUCUAUGUACCAGUACACCACCCGUGGGCUCUUUGAGUGUGAUAAGCUGACCUACCUUUCCCAGCUCACCUUUCAGAUUCUCCUCCUGAACCAGGAAGUCAGUGCAGCAGAGUUGGACUUCCUGCUUCGAUCUCCAGUGCAGACAGACGUCACCAGUCCCGUGGAGUUCCUCUCCCAUCAGGCCUGGGGUGGCAUCAAGGUACUUUCAUCAAUGGAAGAAUUCUAUAAUCUGGAUCGGGACAUUGAGGGAUCCGCCAAGGGCUGGAGAAAGCUUGUCGAAUCAGAAUGUCCCGAGAAGGAGAAGUUCCCCCAGGAGUGGAAGAACAAGACAGGCCUGCAGCGCCUCUGCAUGAUGAGAGCCAUGCGGCCUGACCGGAUGACCUAUGCCAUGAGAAAUUUUAUUGAGGAGAAGUUAGGAAGCAAAUAUGUGGUGGGAAGAGCACUGGACUUUGCAGCCUCUUUUGAAGAAUUGGGACCAGCCACUCCCAUGUUUUUUAUCCUGUCUCCAGGGAUGGACCCACUGAAGGAUGUGGAAAAUCAAGGUAAAAAACUUGGAUAUACCUUCAACAACCGGAACUUUCACAACGUGUCUUUGGGCCAAGGACAGGAGGUAGUGGCUGAGGCUGUGCUGGACCUGGCUGCCAAGAAAGGUCACUGGGUUCUUUUGCAGAACAUCCACCUGGUGGCCAAGUGGCUCAGUACCCUGGAGAAGAAGCUGGAGGAGCACAGUGAGAACAGCCACCCAGAGUUCAGGGUCUUCAUCAGUGCAGAGCCCGCGCCCUCCACUGAGGACCACAUCAUCCCCCAGGGCAUCCUGGAGAACUCCGUUAAGAUCACCAACGAGCCUCCCACGGGCAUGCACGCCAACCUGCACAAGGCCCUGGACAACUUCACUCAGGACACGCUGGAGUUGUGUUCCCGGGAGACAGAGUUUAAGAGCAUCCUCUUUGCACUUUGUUACUUUGACGCCGUGGUGGCAGAAAGGAGAAAGUUUGGGCCCCAGGGGUGGAAUCGCUCCUACCCCUUCAACACUGGGGACCUCACCAUCUCUGUGAACGUGCUCUACAACUUCCUGGAGGCCAACGUGAAGGUCCCCUAUGAUGACUUGCGCUACCUCUUUGGUGAGAUCAUGUACGGAGGCCAUAUCACUGAUGAGUGGGACAGGAGACUCUGCAGGACCUACCUGGAGGAAUUCAUCAAACCAGAAAUGCUGGAAGGAGAGCUGUCCCUGGCCCCAGGUUUCCCCCUCCCAGGCAACAUGGACUACAAUGCUUACCACCAGUACAUCGACGCCGAGCUGCCCCCAGAGUCGCCGCAUCUCUACGGCCUCCAUCCGAACGCGGAGAUCGGCUUCCUGACCCAGACUUCGGAGAAGCUCUUUCGCACGGUGCUGGAGCUGCAGCCCCGGGACAGCCAGGCCGGAGAUGGAGCGGGGUCCGCAAGAGAAGAAAAGGUCAAGGCCGCCCUGGAAGAAAUAUUGGAGCGGGUGACAGAUGAGUUUAACAUCCCAGAACUGAUGGCCAAAGCAGAGGAGCGCACCCCCUAUGUGGUCGUGGCACUCCAGGAGUGCAAACGGAUGAACGUCCUCACCCGAGAGAUUCAGCGCUCCCUGCGAGAGCUAGACCUCGGAUUAAAGGGGGAGCUGACCAUGACCAGUGACAUGGAGAACUUACAGGACGCUCUGUACCUAGACACAGUUCCAGAGCCCUGGGCCAGGUGCGCCUACCCUUCCACUGCAGGCCUGGCAGCCUGGUUUUUGGACCUGCUCAACCGAAUCAGGGAGUUGGAGGCCUGGACAGGUGACUUUACGAUGCCUCCCACUGUGUGGUUGACAGGCUUCUUCAACCCUCAGUCCUUCCUGACCGCCAUCAUGCAGUCCACGGCCCGCAAGAAUGAGUGGCCCCUGGACCAGAUGGCCUUGCAAUGUGACGUGACAAAGAAGAACAGAGAGGAAUUCAGGAGCCCCCCUCGGGAAGGGGCCUACAUCCAUGGCCUCUUCAUCGAAGGCGCUCGCUGGGAUGCACAGGCUGGGGUCAUCACCGAGGGGAAGCUGAAGGAGCUGGCGCCCCCCAUGCCUGUGUUGCUCCUCAAGGCCAUCCCCGCAGAUAAGCAGGAUUGCCACAGUACCUAUCCCUGUCCUGUGUACAAGACUUGUCAGCGAGGACCCACCUACGUGUGGACUUUACACCUGAAGACGAAGGAGAAGCCUUCCAAGUGGGUUCUGGCCGGAGUAGCCUUGCUUCUCCAGGUGUAG